AUGAGCCUCGACGCGCCGAAGGAAUACCCUCUGGCUCAGGAGUCGCCCACCGACUCAGAAAAAGCUGUGCCUUUCACCAGACACACUCCAGGAGAUGGAUACGUGCCUGAGAACCUCCGGGAAAAGGACUUCCUUACCCGCAAUGGCCUCAACCUCUCCAGUUUCCGGAGACGUGACUGGGGCACGGGCGCGGAGGAGCUUGAUCGCUCCAUGAAGUCGCGCCACCUGAACAUGAUCGCCAUUGGAGGGUCGAUCGGUGCUGGUUUCUUUGUGGGCUCUGGAGGAGCGUUGACUCGAGGCGGCCCGGCUGCUCUCCUCAUCUGCUUCCUCAUCACCGGAAUCAUGAUCUUCAAUGUUGUCUAUGCCCUCGGAGAACUGGCCGUCAUGUACCCCAUCAGCGGAGGUUUCUACACGUACUCGGUUCGCUUCAUUGACCCUUCUUGGGGCUUUGCGAUGGGGUGGAAUUACGUCUUCCAAUGGGUCAUCGUCCUACCGCUCGAAUUGACCGUCUGUUCCUUCACCGUCCAGUAUUGGAACAAAGACAUAAGUGUGGCCGUCUGGAUCACCAUAUUCUGGGUCUUCAUCAUCUUUGUCAACGUCUUUGGGACUCUGGGAUACGCCGAAGAAGAGUUCUGGGCCUCCUUGUUCAAACUCCUGGCGACCGUCAUCUUCAUGGUCGUCGCUAUCGUUCUCAUCUGCGGUGGUGGACCUUCGAGCGGCAUCUAUGAUAAGUACUGGGGAGCCCGGCUGUGGUACGAUCCUGGUGCCUUUCAGAAUGGUUUCCGUGGCUUUUGCUCCGUUUUCGUGACGGCGGCCUUUGCAUUCGCGGGCACCGAGCUCGUGGGCCUUGCUGCCGCUGAGUCCAGGAAUCCUGGCAAGUCCCUUCCGAGUGCCAUCAAACAGGUCUUCUGGCGUAUCACUCUAUUCUACAUUCUCGGCCUCACUUUCGUCGGCCUCCUGGUCAGCUCCACGGACAACCGUCUCCUCAAUGCGGCAAAUCCGUAUGCGGACGGCACCUCGCCUUUCGUGCUUGCGCCGCUCGAUGCCGGCCUCAUCGGCUAUGACAGUUUCAUGAACGUGGUCAUCCUCGUCUCGGUCGUGUCGAUUGGUGUGUCCAGCGUCUAUGGCGGUUCGCGCACCUUGACCGCCCUCGCUCAGCAGGGAUAUGCACCCAAGGUCUUCAGCUACAUCGAUCGAUCGGGCCGCCCAUUGCCCUCUGUGGCACUCAAUCUGGCCUUUGGUGCUUUGGCUUACAUUGUGCUGGCGUCGUCCGGUAGUAUUGUCUUCGAUUGGCUGCUCGCGCUGUCUGGCCUUGCUGCUCUUUUCACCUGGGGUUCCAUCUGUGUGGCACAUAUCCGGUUCCGAGCAGCAUGGCUUCACGCUGGACGCACCCUAGACGAGAUUCCGUUCAAGGCCAUUGGCGGCGUGUGGGGAUCAUGGCUGGGCUUGUUCCUCGUCUUCAUCGCGCUCGCGGCGCAGUUCUUCGUCGCCAUCGCCCCACCCUUUACAACCAAACUGGCAACUGCCGAGGACUUCUUCAAGGCCUACCUGGCCCUCCCUGUAGUGCUCUUCUUCUGGGCCUGCGGUUACCUCUGGAAACGCCACGGCUUCCUUCGCUUGGACCAGAUCGAUUUGGAUACGGGCCGCCGCGAGCACGAUUGGGAGACCAUCAACGCGUACAGGGCCAGGGUCGCGACUUGGCCGUGGUGGAGGAAGGCACUCAGUGCCAUUUUCUGA